ACUAGAGAUGUCUUGCAAGUAUGUUGGCUUUUACUUCUUCCGCUUACUCUUACUACGCUGUUACCGCUUUCACCGCCUUUAUGGGGGUUGUUGGGCCGUUUGAGGAAGAUAUCACGGUCAAGAUGACCGGUGAAGAAGAAGUUGUUGAAGUUAAGGUGACCGAAAAAGGAAGAGGUCCAUCUGCUACUUCGCUGCAGACGAGGAGACUGAAGUGGAGUACGAGAGUGACACUGGGGAGGACUCCAAAUCUGACGACAGCCGAGAGACUGAAGUGGAGUCCAUUAGCGACUCAGAAAAGGACUCCAAGUUGUUUGACAAUAGGAAGGGAUGCUCCUGCGGGUGCUUGGCCCACUCCUUGGCUGACCACCCUGCCUGGCUUGUGGUUGAGGAUCGGGAAGAGUCUGAGCGCCUUUGGGCCCUGUUUUCAGGUGCCGCCUGUGAGGCCGAGGCCACCGGGGAGGACAUGGUCGAAAUCCUCUACACCACGAAGGGCGGUUCCGAGCUCCAAGAUGUGCUCUUGAACGAGGUGUCUAGUUGUUCUGUUCCGAAGGAAGUCGCCAUCCUCGAGGAAGUUGCCGUCCCCGUGGUAGUUGCAACCCCGGAGAAAGUUGUUCGUUCGAAGAAGCUUAAGCUAACGGUCGAGACGGAGUACUGUACCUUCAAGGAAGCUAUUUUGCCCUGGUCCGGCCAGAUGGACUACGACAGGGAGAUAAGGCGGGCGUCCGAGCCUGAAGCCGAGCAGAUGCUGGUGGAUGCGGCUCGCCUGAAGGCCAUGUAUUUUGCAGAGAAGGCAGAGGCUGCUGCUAAGGUCGCUGCGGUGUUUGAAACUACGCAGAAGACCUGGAAUAUGCUCGCACAAGCAGCUAUCUCCAAGCACUGUCCCAAACCAUCGGCUCGCCUUCUUCCUCAGGGGUUGAGGGAUGAGAUAACUUCCCAAGCCGUUAAGGUCAAGAUGGAUGCGCGUCGCGAUGCUCGUCACAGCACCAUCAACGGUUUCAGGAAGAGUGUCUUGUCAGAGCUGAAGGAGCUGCUUCCGAAGUGAGUGCAGAAGCACGAAGAGUUGUGAAUGUGGAUGGUUGGAAACCGUUAAAGAGGCAGCAGAGGUUGCCCUUCCGUAGACUACGAAUAAGCCUAUGACGGGAAGCGUUGUGAAUGUGGAUGGUGGGUGGAG